CUCAAAUACCGUCUAAAACCCUUCUUCACCCCUAUUUUACAUUUGCGACUCUCUUCUUCAAACUUGUACGUUUUUAGCUGCUGACGAUGAAUUCACUGGUUGUGAGAUACGCCAAGUUCGUGAGACUCUCACCUUCUAUCAGACCCAACUCUUCGUUUGUGGUGGGUGUCCGAAGAAGCUCAGAGUUUUGUUACUCAACUGCAUCAUUUGAUGAUGGCAAUGAUGCGGAUGUUAAUGUCGGUGAAGCUGAAAUAAAUGAUGACGAUUUUCUCCCUGAGAAGCCAGAAUUACAACCCCAGGGCGUGGAUCCCAGAAGGGGUUGGGGUUUUAGGGGCGUCCAUAAGGCCAUUAUAUGUGGCAAAAUCGGCCAAUCCCCUGUGCAGAAGAUCUUGAGAAAUGGUAGAACUGUAACCAUCUUUACGGUUGGGACAGGGGGCAUGUUUGAUCAAAGAAUUGUGGGAGCAAGAGACUUGCCGAAACCAGCUCAAUGGCAUCGAAUUGCUGUGCAUAAUGAACAGCUAGGGGCUUAUGCAGUUCAACAACUUGUCAAAAACUCUUCAGUUUAUGUUGAGGGUGAAAUUGAAACUAGAGUUUACAAUGAUAAUAUUAAUGGCGAUAUUAAAAGUGUGCCAGAGGUUUGCGUGCGCCGUGACGGGAGGAUUCGUCUCAUAAAAUCAGGAGAGAGUGUCAGCAAGCUUUCCUUCGAUGAGCUGCGAGAGGGGCUGCUGUAGUAGAAAUCAAUUGGCACACAUGAAAAUCUAAUUCUCGAAUGGGGGACAGCAGCUGAAGAAUCACAUUUUCACCAGAAAUAUAUAUUUAGUUUGAUUCGUAACCAGGCCAAGAUGAAUGUUAUGGUAUCUUGUUUUUAUUUUAUCUACUUGAUUUUUCAGCGGGCAUGUAGAAAUUUAUGUUCUGUCCUAGCUUAAAAGAGAACCUUACCUUGAUUAAUAUGAUCAGAUGCUCGUUUUUCU